AUCCGGUUAAACCGGAAGUAUACAUUUGGCUUUCCCGGUUGGACAAAGAUCUCUUCUUUCACUCUAAUUUAAAUUUCUAUCAACCAGGCACAAUUGAAAAAUAACCUAUAUUAUGUUAGCGCAAAUACUGUACUCCUCUUUUCGUUUUAGCUAUAAAAUGGUAUUUAUUUUUGCUUCACCAUGGUGAUACUUUAUUAUUGGAAAAGAGAGGUUUGUUUAUAAGCGCUCCGCUGGCUAGCGAGCUUGUUAGCACGGAAGCCAAGAAGGCAGCCACCUGUCAGCAAGCUACCUAUUAGCUUUGUUAAUGGCCACAAACUAGAUCCUCACACCAAAACACCGCUAUUCACCUAAAUGCCCGAGCACGGACCAAGGAUGAAUGGGUUUUCUCUGAGUGAACUAUGUUGGCUAUUCUGUUGUCCGCCUUGUCCCAGUCGCAUCGCGGCCAAACUGGCCUUCCUCCCCCCAGAGCCGACGUACUCCGUGCAAACGGAUGCAAACGGCGCUACGAGCUUACAUUUAACCGAGCGAGCGGACUGGCAGUACUCCCAGCGGGAACUGGACGUGGUGGAGGUGUUUAGCACCAGGAGCAGCAGGGGCAACCGGGUGGGCUGCGUGUUUGUGCGCAGUGCUCCGAACAGCCGCUACACGCUCCUCUUCUCCCACGGAAACGCCGUCGAUUUGGGACAGAUGUGCAGUUUUUACAUCGGCUUGGGCUCCAGGAUCAACUGUAACGUCUUUUCCUACGACUACUCGGGCUAUGGAGUCAGCAGUGGAAAACCCUCCGAGAGCAACCUGUAUGCCGACAUCGAGGCGGCCUGGCAGGUCUUGACCAACAAAUACAGAGUACCACCUGAGAACAUCAUCCUGUAUGGUCAGAGCAUUGGCACUGUGCCCACCAUUGAUUUGGCUUCCCGUCAUGAAUGUGCAGCCGUCAUCCUGCACUCUCCACUCAUGUCGGGACUGCGAGUGGCUUUCCCUGCCACACGUAAAACCUACUGUUUUGAUGCUUUCCCCAGUAUUGACAAGGUGUCCAAGGUGACAUCUCCAGUGCUGGUGAUCCAUGGCACAGAGGAUGAAGUGAUUGACUUCUCACACGGCUUAGCCAUGUACGAGCGCUGCCCCCGUGCUGUGGAGCCCCUCUGGGUGGAGGGAGCGGGCCACAAUGACAUAGAACUCUAUGCACAGUACCUGGAGAGGCUGAAACGCUUCAUUUCCUUUGAGCUUCCCACAUCCUGAGUGGGAUCAGCGGUGCCAGGCCAGGGUUCAAGUCAACAGCCUUCUCUUUACCUGCCUUCAAUUUCACGUCUUAGCACGGACAAAGAUGCAGUCAGCAGAUCUCUGAACUUGGAGACACUUGGGGGCGGUAAUAGAAAGAUGUCCUGGAAGAGGAGGUCAAGGUUCAAACCAGGCCAGGUCAGGCGUCGUGCUCAGACGUGCAAUGUCAGCAAAACCUUGCUGGUGCUUGUACAUGUGGACCCAAUUUGAGGAGCAGCCCGUGUCUUCACGGCAGCUGCUUCUCAAUCCAAAGUCAUUCCUCAAGUUCCUUCCCUUUGUCCUCAUGCUGCUCAUCUGUUUUAUGUCUUCUUGUCAUCUGCUUCUUCUUCUCGGCAGCGGCAGACAUGGUUUAUUUUUAUAUUCUUUUUUACUCACACGAGAACAAUCCAUUUGUUUCAAUUUUGUACUAUUCAGGGUUAAUCACACUAACUCACUUGAACUGUGCAUCUACUUUCAGGUGUUCAUUUCCUCUACGUCAGUGCAGUUUUAUCUUUGAACAUUCCCAGAUUGUUUUUGUUUUUUGAGAAGAUUCCAUCAAAGUGAUCCCACCUCAUAUCACAACUUUACAGCUGGGAUUUGUGUAGCACUAACUGCUCGUCUUUGUUCCCAUGAGACUGUUAUUAGCUUUGAAGUGUGGAAGCGUACCUCAACUAAACCAGCAAUUUCAGGGCUAAUCAUUGGUCAACUAGUGCGCUCUUGGCAGCACAAAAAAAUGUAUUCUUUAGUGGGAAUAACACCAGCACAUGUAUUGCUUGUCCUGCUGAAAAGACCAGGGUACUUGCUUGCUUGCUUUGAGGUCUGUGUCGUUUAUCCAUCACUUUACGAUCCAAAUCAAGCCUUCCUCUCAGAAGGCUUCCAGAAACCUUGUCGACCAGAGAGUGACUCCAGAAGUUCUGUUUUCACUAACCAAUAGGCGUGUAACGGUACGCCAUCGUCACGGUUCAAUACACACCUCACUUCUAAGGUCCUGUUUCAUUUUGUGUACAGUAAGGGAACAAAGUACAAGACUUACAAAAUGCUUGCAGCUCAUUUUCCAAUUGAUGAGAUCUUGUCAUAGUAGUAACAGCUUCAUCCUUUGCAAUUGCGACUUCAAUUUUUUUGGUAAAAUGUAAAUGUUUUCCACAAAAUAUUAUGACUUUAUGUUUCUAAAAUUAUGUUUUUUUGGUAAAAAAUUGAGCUUUUUUUCUUGUAAAAUUAUUACAUUUCCCAUGGUAUAAUGUAAAUGAUUUUUUUCUGUACUAUUCCGAUUUUUAAUCUUGUAAAAUUCCAAGUUAAAAAUAUGCAAUAGUUAAGAAUUAAGACUAGGCUAGGACUUCACAAUAUAUGUGUUAAGAUACAGUAUUGCAAUACAACAAUAUAUUGCAAUACCCCACAUAGGUAACUGAUCAAUUUAAAAUGUAGUUUAAAAUAGGUGUUGUAUAAAUGUACAAUAGAUGACAGAAUAGUAUUGAGACAAAAACAAUUUAAAUCAAAUGACCCAUUAAUUUCAAUUGUACAAAAAGUAUGUCAAGAUUCUUGCCAUUUUGAUGUCAAAAACAUCCUCUACAUCUUAACUGUCCACUUCUUGUGCUGCCUUUCUCGCCACUAAGCCCCACAGCUAAGUAACAGUACAGCAACACGGUCAUCUUUGAGUUAAAAUCAUCCCAAAACCCGACUUUAAAAACAUUUUCUUUACAUCAUUAGAAAAACUAUCGCGAUAUAUUGCCAUAUCAAUAUUUGUCGCACUCUAUUUAGAAUUUAUCCUUGAAUUUAAGCGCAAGGAUGCAAGUGUUCCCUGGUAGGAGGCUUUAAUGACAGAAGAGGGUUUUCAAGCUCUGCAUUCUCCUUGGCAGUACCAUCAGCCCUGACUCCUGCUGGCCAAAGGCUGCACUGCAUGAUAUUUGUUGACUGAAAAGACGUGGGACACCAUAGACACUUCCUGUCCCUCACUCGUAGGUUCUGUACCGUCACACUGCUGGUGACGGCUGGAAAAAUAUCUUUUUAAGGCACUCAAACUUUGCUGCAAGUCUGUGCGCCACAUCCCAGCCCCUUUCCAUGUACACCUUUUUGUCAGGCUGGAAGUCCAAAAAUGUGAAUUUCACACUAAGGAGGAGCUAAAUGAUAAGGACAUGAAAAUAUUAUUUAAUGUCCUGGCGGCUUUUUAUGUCUCCUUGCAAAUGUAAAACACGAUGACGUUGAAUCAAGAAGUCAAAGUGAAAAUGAAGUAUGUUAAAAUGUGAAGUUUGAUGCAAUGCAGCCUGUGAAUUAGUGAACAUGUUUUCAUGAUGUUAGUCUUAUGUUGUAGGUGGUGAACCAGACAUGAACUUUACUCCUUUCUAGGAUGUGAUGGCACCUCAUUAGUCUUAAUUGUUGUUUUGGUUCUGAUUUGAAAGGUUGCUAGAUUGGCAUGUAGCGGUUGAAGCCACACUUGAUCUUUACUGUCCUGACACUGGAAACACUGUUAUGCAAACAUGAAGAAGUGCAACUAGACAAAUGUGAUUUUAGUGACGUGUUCAAAAAAUGCAAUAUGCCUUAACCAGAUGCUACUGUCAUUGUUGUUGUAAGAAAAGCAACACAAUGGAUGUUUUAAUACGUAAUAAAGACAUUAU